UGCUGCAUACUAUCACCAUACAGCUUCCCCAGCAAAACAUUGCAUUCAAGUCUGCCUAUUACUAUCUGUUACAACAGCUUCCUGACUGACCUCCCCCCUCCCCUGCUCCGAAAGGCCCCAACCCUGGACAUAAUUAAGAUCCAUCCCUGUUCAGAAGACAAACUUCACAGCAGAUGAAGCGAUUCACAGCAAUUCCACAAUGCAGGAUGCCCUGUAACAUUCAUCUGCAUAGAGGAACACUGCUGGCUGAGCUCAGCUACCCCCCUGCAGCCUGGACAAGUUAAUUGCGACUCAACAGCAGUACAACAAAAAUUCUACUGACAUGCUGGGAGGAGUUGUACAGGAGCAUGACAGAGGCGACAAGCUGUUUAACAUAAUUACAUCAAUAAUUUGGCCUUCUAGGCUGGAAGAAGGGCCACAAUGGUAUGAAACACGCUGUGGCCUCUGCCACGCCUGUUUUUACCACUGUUGAGAUGCAAUACACUGCUGAUUUUGUCAUUGAGGCCAAAAGCCAACAUCAGACAGACGAAAUUUACAGAGAAUUAGUGCACCACAGCUUCACGCCAUCAUGUUUUGAGAAUUGAAGGGAUCUUGGAGUUCCAUUGGCACAGAUUGGCAGGGUACCAGAUCUUGCCAGUAUGGGGGAAAGGGGCCCUUCAGGAGGGCCAAAGUCCUCAGAAGAAGUACGGUUUUCUGGAGAUGAUGAAGAACUUGUAAACUUAGAAGACGAAGUUUUUAAUCCAACCAUGACGUCAUUUAAGCAUGAGAAUGUCGAAGACCUCUAUGAGCUUCUGGAAAAGUUGGGCAGUGGUCACUUUGGAGAGGUGAGGAAAUGCAAGGAGAAAAGUACUGGAACCUUCUUCGCUGGAAAAUUCAUUAAGACCCGUAAGGUCAAAGGGAGCAGACUGGGGCUUGACCGUGACCAAGUAGAAAGAGAGGUUUUUAUUCUGCAGCAGCUGGAGCACCCCAAUAUCAUGAGGUUACAAGAUGUCUUCGCCAGCAAAGCAGAAAUGGUGCUGAUUCUGGAACUGAUAAGAGGAGGAGAACUAUUUGAUUUCAUAGCUGAGAAGGAAGCACUGUCAGAGGAGGACGCUAUUGAAUUUCUGGAGCAGAUACUGAAGGGAGUAGCUUACAUGCAUUCCAAAAACAUUGCACACUUUGACCUGAAGCCAGAAAACAUUAUGCUCCAACAGAAGGAUGUGCCACACCCAAAGAUUAAAAUUAUUGACUUCGGAUUGGCCCAAAAAAUUGAAGAUGGAGCAGUAUUUAAGAGCCUAUGUGGGACACCUCAGUAUAUUGCUCCUGAAGUAAUAAACUAUGAACCACUAGGACCACCGACUGAUAUGUGGAGUAUUGGAGUUAUUACGUAUAUACUACUCAGUGGUUUGUCACCAUUCCAAGGUGAAACAGAUGCAGAAACACUGACAAAUGUGGUAUCAGGGAACUAUGAAUUUGAUGACCGCUUUUUCAAGGACACAAGUUACAUGGCCAAAGAAUUUAUUCAGCAGCUGCUAGUUAAAGACCCCAGGGAAAGGAUGACUGCAGUGGAGUGUCUCAUUCACCCAUGGAUUAAGCCACUGACAAGAAAGCAGGCAGCCAACAGGAGCCGAUCUUCCAUCAAUAUAAAGAAUUUCAAAAAGUUUAAUGCACGACGAAAGUGGAAGCUCUCAUUUAACAUGGUUUCAGCCUGUAACAGACUCUGCCGAAUGAAGCUGCUUUGUCAUCCUACAAAAGAUGAGGAGGAUUUGAGGCAGUGUGAAAGUGACCAGGAAGAUGAGAAGACAAAGCCGGCUACUCUUUUACGCAGGCGUCUUAGCAGCUGCUCUUGAGCUAUGUGAUUGUCCCUCACUUCUGAAGCGUAAACAGUCUACAUGUCCACAGAUAGAGGAUUGAAGAUACAAAGUAAGACAAAGGAGAAACCUGGGAACAUGGAGAUGUAAUGAUGUUGAAAUAAUAGGAGAAGGCAUUGGUGGACUUUAUUAUGUCUUAGACUUGGUCCGAGCACCAACCGAUAUGCCUGCAUGUGACUCUAUUCAACCAAACCAGCAUGUGGCAUGGCUUAACUAUAUGCUGUCAAAGCGACUGUGCAGACAUCAUAGCUUGACAAUGGCGCCUGACAGUUUUGCUUUGAUAUGUAAAAAAUGUUUUAAUAAAUUUUUUGUUGUUACUAUGAUAUGAUGCUGCACGUUCAUUUAGGAAAUGGUGCUGACCUUUACCCUAAAGUCCCUUCAGUAAUUUAAAUCUGACCUGCAAAAAUAAGCAAGUAUUUUCCGGACACCUGUCUCCUACUUUUGUUUUUAGUUAUCUAUUUUGAACAUUUGUUUAUAUUUGAAGGGGUUCUCUGCUUUUAUCUUAAAAUUAAAAAAAAACGUAUCCGUUUAACAUUGAAAAGUUCUGCAAUUUUCUAAUAUACUACUUUUGCUAGAUCAUUGCUUGCUGUCUAUGAAUGAAAGCACUCUGGUUAAUAUUGAGACAGCACUGUCCAGAUAAUUUGCAAUGCAACAAUUUAUCAGUGUAGUCCAGUUACUUAGUUCACAGCUUAGACCAGUGUUUCCUAACCAGGGUGCCUCCAGCUGUUGUAAAACUAAAACUCCCAGCAAAAGGCUAUCAGGGCAUGCUGGGAGUUGUUGUUUUGCAACGGCUGGAGGCACUCUAGUUUGGAAACACUAAUUUACUAACUUUGGAAACCCUAACUGACAAAGCUACAGGCUGAGAGGUCUUAUUAAUAGUGAAACAAUGGGGAAAGUUUUUUGUUUUGUUGUGUUUUUCUUGCAUUUUAGUAUUCAUUUGAAAUGCAGAAAAAAAGCAUUUGAAAAAUGAAAAGUGUUUUACUGCACAUUUCUAUGGAUUUAAGUUAUUGGCAGCGUGGCUUCUACUGGUGAAACAUGUUUGAAAAAUGUGUUUCACCUGUAAAUACCAUGUUGCCAAUAACUGCAUCCCAAAAAUGUAUAAAAUUUCCAGUAAAACGCUUAGCAUUUUUCAAAUAUGGUUUUUCCUGCAAUGCAAAGGUGUUUUACUGGACAUUUUUUACUGUUUAGUAAUGCGGUUAUUGGCAGCAUGGUUUUUACAGGUAAAACACAUUUAUAUAAACAUGCUUCCACUAAGAAAAAAAAAAACAUGCUGCCAUUAUUAGCAUUGUUAAACCUUGGCAAAUCACACUAAAAUGUUUUAGUUUUUUUUUAUGCAUUUUUCCUGUAGUUCAAAAAAUAAAAUUGCAAAAAAAAGGCAUCUUUAUGUCCUAGUUUUAUCCUAGAAUCAGGAAUCAAAGCGAGAAGGAGCUUUGAGCCUUCCACUUCUUCCAUAAACUGACAGCAAACAGAAAUGUUGACAUGGGGAAAAAUUGAAGCACAAAGUAUAGUAUAAAAUUGCAGAAAAAUUUGUAAGAUUUAUGUAAAUGAAAGCGGAAAACCCGUUUAGGGUGUGUUGUCUCUUAAUCAUUGUAGAAAUGUAUUUUUGGAGCAAAAAAAUGUAAGGACUGGGUAUGUUCUGUAAACUUAUCUGACUUUUGUAUUAAAGGAAGAAAAGAUACCAAUUUGUACUUUGUGUUAAUAUGACAAUGAAU